AUGGUGUUAGUGUGCUCAGAGCUGGACGAAACCACUACCAACGAGGGAGUAAAGACUGCCGUCCUGCAGCAGGGUGCGCUCGGCGAGGAGCUCGUGGAGAAGUUGCCGCCAGCAAUUCGACUAAGGUGGGCGUACCAUCGCAUGGAGCUACCCAGAGCGACUUUGGAAGAGUUCGGCAGUUGGCUCGAGACGCUCGUCUCAGCAGCGAGCCUCGUCACACUGCCCUCGCUAGCACUGCAGCCGGGGCAGAAACAACCGACCGAGGACAUCAGCCCCGGAGAGGAAAAGCUGCCCAGCCUGCCAGGGGACUUGCGGCCAACUACCGAGUUGCACCAGAUUUCAGACGAUGGAGGUGAACUCACUGUGGACCUUAGUGCAGCAACACCACCUAUCGUGACGGACGACGGGGAAGUAGACCGCGCCCUGAAAGAGCACUUUUCAAUAGAAUCGAUGGGCAUCUAUGGGCCAAAAAGCGAAUGGCCCAGUAAUCACCAGGACCCGGGCGAGACUGCGGAAGAAAUCCGUGCGACCGUCUUCCAUCACACGAUCACGAAGCCACUGUUGAACGUUAAGCGGUUCUCCAAAUGGAAACGGCUACUACGAGCGGUAGCGUACACGCACCGAUACGUUGGAAACCUCCGCAAUCGGGUUAAACGAGCGCCCGUUAAACAAGGCCCGCUAACACAGGAGGAGCUUGCCCAAGCCGAGAGAACCAUCCUUCGAGAAGUACAGCAGCGAGCGUAUUCCGCUGAGGUACGGUCACUGAGUAACCCGGAUCCCAACAAGCGGCCCUGGGAGAGUGGCAUUUUGAAGACGAGCCCUCUAUACAAGAUGAGCCCCGUCAUCGACUCCCACGGCGUUGUACGGAUGAAAGGGCGACUCGACGCGUGUAGCUGGGUGGCAGAAUCAGUAAAACACCCCAUCCUGCUCCCAAGGCGUCACUAUGUCACAGACUUGAUCAUCGCCGAUUAUCACUGCAAGUACCGCUACCAAAACCACGAGACGGUCAUGAACGAAGUGAGGUUGAAAUACCACAUCCCCAGAUUUCGAGCCGAAUACAACCGUGUGCGCCUGAACUGCCAGCACUGCAAGAUAUGGCGAGCAAGCCCGCAACCCCCUGCUAUGGGGAACCUACCAGCAGUACGCUUGGCAGCCUACCAACGGCCAUUUUCCUACGUCGGGGUGGACUAUUUCGGUCCGAUGACGGUAGCGGUCGGCAGAAGGGUGGAGAAGCGAUGGGGCGUGCUAGUAACGUGCCUAACGACGAGAGGCAUACACAUCGAGCUGGCGCACUCGCUCUCAACCGACUCAUGCAUCCUCGCUCUCCGGAACUUCAUCGCGAGGAGGGGGCCCCCGAUAGAGAUCGUCAGCGAUCAAGGGACCAACUUCGUUGGAGCUGCACGUGAGCUCCGAGAGGCCCUAGAAAGGGUCGACCAAGAAAAAAUGAUGGCGUUCUUUGUCGGGGUGGACACCAAGUGGACAUUCAACCCUCCGGCCGCCCCACAUUUCGGAGGCUGUUGGGAACGACUCGUGCAGUCGGUCAAAAGGAAUUUAAAUGCGUUCAAGCCCCCGCGGUUGCCAACGGACGAGAUCUUUCGGUCACUGCUUAUGGAGAUCGAGAUGAUCAUCAAUUCAAGACCGCUCACCCACCUACCACUAGACAGCGACGCCGAGCCGCCCCUGACGCCCAACCACUUUCUGUUAGGGUCUUCUAACGGCAGUAAACCUCAAGCCGCCCUCGACGACCACACCGCCGUGCUAAAGCAGUCCUGGAAGAUGUCACAGCGGUACGCUGACGAAUUCUGGAAGAAGUGGGUCGCCUACUACCUGCCUACCCUAACCAAACGGACGAAGUGGUUCGAACCCGCGAAGCCCAUAGAGGUGGGCGAUCUAGCCCUGAUAGCGGACAACAAUCUUCCGAGGAACUGCCGGCCUCGGGGCCGGGUCAUCGAGGUGAUUCGCGCUAAGGACGGACAGGUGCGGCGAGCGACCGUGCGGACGGAAAACGGGCUGCUGGAAAGGCCAGCCACGAAACUCGCGAUCCUGGAAGUAGCUCCGCCCGAUGACAUCGCGAGGGACGAAGAGCCACCAGACACGGAACCGCUAGAGAUAUAA